AUGAUUCAGGCUGUUCGUGCUUGUAAAACUGCAGCAGAGGAGCGUGCUGUUGUCAGAAAAGAAUGUGCUGCAAUUCGUGCGGCAAUUAGUGCAAAUGAUCAAUAUUAUAGGCAUCGUAAUUUGGCAAAGCUUAUGUUCAUCCACAUGCUUGGCUACCCCACGCAUUUUGGUCAGAUGGAAUGCCUGAAGUUAAUUGCAUCAAAUGGAUUUCCAGAGAAGAGGAUAGGGUAUCUAGGACUUAUGUUGCUUCUCGAUGAAAGACAUGAAGUAUUGAUGCUGGUCACAAACUCAUUGAAGCAAGAUCUCUACCAUUCUAACCAGUACAUUGUGGGACUAGCUCUCUGUGCUCUGGGUAAUAUAAGUUCUGAAGAAAUGGCUCGUGAUCUUGCCCCUGAAGUUGAAAAGUUGCUGCUGUUUCGAGAUCCAAAUAUUCGCAAGAAAGAGAACUUGAACAUCUGUGAUAAUUGA